UCGAACAUUCCUAUUCGUAGUGUAUUGUGAAAAACAUUUAGUUAUAAAUAAAUAAAAUCGCCGGUAUUCCAUACCGGAAUGUCGAUGCACUUAAAAAGCAUACAAAUGACACUUGUAGGUCUAGCAGCUCGAAAACUUUCUAUAAAGAAGCGCAAUGCCAAGUUGGCCGCAGCUUUUCCAAAUGGUGUGCGUUGCCAAAAGUGCUUGCAACUAGGACAUUGGUCCUAUGAAUGUAAGGAGAAACGCAAAUUUGUGCACCGGAUGUCGCGCACGAAACAGCUGAAGAAACGUAUAGCCGAGAAAAUAAAUGCUGAAGCUAAUGGAAGCGCUGCAGUUAGCACCACCAGCGAAACGACUAAGUCAUCCAAAUCGAAACGCGCGAAACGUGCACGCACUUCCUCAGGAUCUUCAGUAGUCGAUGGAUCGCAAGAAUCAAAUUCAGAUUCUCAAACGUCAUCAGAUUCAAAUGAUAGUGGCUCUUCGGAUUCUGAUGAAGAUUCAUCGAGCGACAGUAGUUCUUCAGAUUCAGAGAGCGAUAGCGGUAGUAGUGAUGCCGGUUCUGGCAGCAAUUCUAGUAAUUCAGAUACCAGCGACUCAAGCGAUUCAAGUGAAUCAUCCAGCUCCGACGAUGAGGGCCAAACACCAACAAAAAAGAAAAAGCAUCAGCGUACCUCGAGCUCAUCCAGCGAUGACGAUGGUAUUUGAUUUAAAAGCUUU